ACAUGGGUUCAUUUCCCGUGUCGGGACAGGACCACGCCAGCCGUGCCGAGUAUAUGAGAUCGCAGUUACUACGUAUGAGGGGCACGGCGCGCACCAAACCAGUGCUUCUCGUCAUCUCGCUGGCAGGCAUCAAGGUGUGCACUCCCGACGGAAAGACGGUGCUGAUGGCACACGCGCUGCGGCGCGUGUCGUACGCCACGUGCGACCCUUCGCACUCGCAGUUCAGCUUCCUGGCCAGGGAGCCGCGCGGUCACUGCAGUCUGCAGUGCUGCCACUCCUUCCUCGCCAAGUCGCCGCAGCAGGCGGAGGAGCUGCACGCAGCCGUGGGCGACGCCUUUCGGGCAGCGUACGCGGCGCAGCUGCAGCGUGACGUCAGCUCGGCCCAGCAACAGAAGUCGGGUGACGAGCUGGAGAUGCGCCCACUGGGCGGCGGCCGUUCGAUGGCGGCUCUGACGGACGACUCGCCGAGCAGCGACGAGAGCAACUCGCCCACCGACCUCAACUCGUACCGCCGCCUCGGCGACAAGCCGGCACUCGUCAAGCGGCUGGGCCUGCAGGGGGGCGGCGGGGGCGGCGGGGGCGGCGGCGGCCACUCUGAGGACAGCCGGCCGCUGCUUUCAUUGAGAUCUGUACCUCCAUGCUCCCUCCUGGCACGGUCGCCACACGUAGUGAACGAGUGGCCCCUGGAUGUCGACAGCCCGCCGCACGCACGGACGCCGCCGCCGACGCCAGAGAAGCGCGCGCCGGUGGCGACGCCGCGCCACGCCCCCCAGCUGAGCGGCGGCAGCAGCAGUUCCGACGGCUGGGCGUCGCCGCCUCCCCCGCUGCCGGAGCGACAGGACAGCCUCGCCAGGAGGCCCGAGGCAGAGCAGCUACUGUCUGCGCCCUGGUUCCAGGCUGGUAUCCCCAGGGAGAUCGCGCUGGAGGUGCUGGGCCGUGAACCGGAGGGCGCGUUCAUGGUGCGCGAGAGCACCAGCAAGCCCGGCUGCUACGCGCUGUCGCUGCGCGUCCCCAGGGACUUCCAGCCGUCCGGCAUCGCGCACUACCUCAUCCUGCGUACCGCCAAGGGGUACAAGAUCAAGGGCUUCACGAAGGAGUUUUCGAGCCUGACCGCGCUGAUCACGCACCACUCUGUGAUGCCGGAGCUCCUGCCCGUUCCGCUGUCGCUCAGCCGCUACAACCCCAGCUUCGCCAAGUCCGACUCCAACAAGGACAGCGCAGACACAGACUCCGACCCAGACUACAACACGCUGUCCGACUUCCGCAAGAUGAUGGCCGACCUCUCCCUGUAGACCCUUCUCCGUCGAUACAGGACACCAUAUACAACUAGUUCACAGCGCUACGUGUAGCUGAUACGAAUACCUUCGUGAUUUAACAACAGAGUCAGUGUUAUCUCCUGUGGCUGACUAUCCAUGUCUUUGUACGCGUCAGUUAACUACCACCUUUCAUAAAAGAGUGUUACCUACAUUUUCACUGCUGGUGGACGCGAGAAAUGAGGGUGGAAAUAGAGACUACAGAGGGGUAUUUUCACCAGAGAUGAAACCAAGUGAUUAUGACAAGUUACAGGAGCUCCAUUGUACAAUUUCAGCAUCAAUCUCAGUAAUUGUGACUCGAAACCUCAUUAAAUUUCUUGGUUUCAAAGCCAUUUUUGCUGUCUCUUAUAUGUACUCAACUUAUUUUAUGUAUUUUUUUGCUUCAACUUCAAUUUCAAAUUAUUUUACUCAGAUUUACUCAUUUUUCCAUAAAUCUGUAAGGAUUUCCUUGAUAAUCGACCUACACUACUUGCCUGUACAGUGAAAUUCAGUAUUCACAGCCAUUUCAGAAAUUUAUGUAUCCUUCAUGCAUAUAUUUGUUCCGUUAUGUUUUCAGCUUUCACAAAGAUUACCAUAGGGAAUACAAGCUGACGCUCUACACGCGUACCAGCAUCCGACAAAUGAUGAAAAAUCUUUUUCACUUAAUCAAGAGAGAAGCUUGCAAGUCACGGUUUAAAAAAAAAGUAAUUUCCAUAAUUCGACGCUUCGUUUCCCAUGUAGAUUAGGGCAAUUUGAUGUUAGUGAUCACUAUAGAGCUCACUGGUAUUCUACAUUUGAUGCGAAGAAAUUUACAUAUUUAUGAUGAAAGACCUUCACGUAUGUUGAGUUCUUAGCUACUGUCCUCACCCUUAAAGUCUCCUAAUACUCAACUUGAACCACACAUAGUGAUUUCAGCACACAGGUAUGCCAGCUAAUCCUACACAUACACAUCAUAUCGAUCAGUAACUGGAGACGUCAACGUGAGGUCUUCCCCAUUUUACGUUCUGUAAGUGUCCUACAUUACGUUUUAUGGUGUUACAUUUUCGAUUCGUAAUAAUGAACAUAUUCACUAAUUGAACGUACGUAAUAGACCCAAAAGUCAUUUAUAUAUAUAAAACAUAAAACAGUGCGUAUAAAAGCGACUUAAAUGAGAAUUGCACUUAAUAGCAAUGUAAAACAUGAUUCGUGGUAUUACAAGGAUACUAUACGUUUCUGUUGUUCACUGUAGCUGUGAACAUCUAUGUAUCCUUAAAAUUAAAAAAAAUACACUUGACUUGCUUUGAGUAGCUUUCAAUCACACCAUUAUGUUUUCAAGCACCAUCGCAGCUGUAGUCCAUUUCCAUGUGUGAAUUAGUACAGUAACCCUAAAGAAGAAACAUAUCGCACUUACGAUAAAUCUGAAAAUAUAUUUUUGUAGGAAUGAAAAUACUUCCGACAUGGCGACAAAAGAAUGCGCAUUAUGCAUUACAUCCGCAACUUAGUAACACGAAUCUGUAAUCUAUAGUGGUGAUUUUCUGUUUAAGGUUCAGUGUUCCUUCUGCAUUUAUAGAGAGACGAAUUUAGUGGACGAAGUAUAACAAUAGUUUUAUUUAGAAAUCUAUACGUGGGCAUUUUGUAGGAUAUACUCACCUUUUCUAUUAAAUGUUGGGAUAUAUUGGAAACAAGCUGGAGAAACCCGACAUCAAAUGUUAACUACCACAUACAUUAUAUUUACAGAAAUUGUUGACAUAUGUGAUUUCAAUAAGAUCUGUCUCUAAAAAGUGUAAGAAUAGUAUGUAAAUGGUUCUUAAAGUGGCACGACAAUAGUAUCUAUCCAAGUAAUGAAUCUAUGUCCUUAGCUUAAGGAAGAUGUUUUGCUUUGUAACCAAAGUGCCAAAAACGUGAGUGAACUGCUUAGCAGAUGAGUCGCUGCUGUGUUAAAGUAUAUUAAGUAAUGAUGUCUAUGCAUAGCUCUAGUCAGGCUCUAAAAUGAUGUGUUACUUAAAAGUAUAUAAAGUUUAUUUACGUGUUUAUACUCAGCAAAUGCAAUUGAAUAAUAUAUUCUUGAGAUGGUUCUAGUCAAGAACUGUUGCACUGAUGGCUUGUUAAUGGUAAGAAUAAAGAUUG